GGGUUGUCCUUCAGUUUCAGGGGAAAAAAAUGUCAGCGCUCUGGUGGAUGUGGGCGUGACAGAGGAAUGAACACAAUCAAGUUCGCUGCUACGGUCCAUGGCUGGCUAGCAGAAGUCUGAUCUUGGUAGUCCAUGUGAACAAGUUACAUUGCAGACACCACUGGCUCUUUUGCCAUCAUGGAUAACAUCAUUUGUCCAAAGGAUUUCCCAGAACUGAAGAAUGACCUUUUCCUGCGAGCAGCCCGUGGCGAGGAAACGGAGCAAGUGCCGGUAUGGUGUAUGAGACAGGCCGGGCGCUACCUGCCAGAGUUCCGUGAGUUCAGGGCUGGUAAGGAUUUCUUCGACACGUGCCGGUCUCCAGAGGCCUGCUGUGAGCUCACCCUGCAGCCUUUGAGGCGUUUCCCCUUCGAUGCGGCGAUCAUCUUCUCGGACAUCCUGGUGGUUCCGCAGGCCCUGGGUAUGGACGUGCAGAUGGUCCCAGGGAAAGGCCCCUCCUUCCCGGAGCCGCUGAAAGGGCCGGACGACCUCCAGCGGCUGCGGCCCAAGGUGGACGUGCCGGCUGAGCUGGGCUACGUCUUCCGCGCCAUCACCCUCACCCGCCACAAGCUGGAGGGCAAGGUCCCGCUCAUCGGCUUCACCGGGGCCCCGUGGACUCUGAUGGCUUACAUGAUUGAGGGGGGCGGCUCCACUACCUACUCCAAAGCCAAGCGCUGGCUCUACAGCCACCCGGAGGCCAGCCACCAGCUGCUGCGCCAGCUCACCUCCGUCAUCGUGGAGUACCUGCUGGGCCAGGUGGCAGCGGGGGCUCAGGCCCUGCAGGUGUUUGAGUCCCACGCGGGGAUCCUGGGGCCCGUGCAGUUUAAGGAGUUCUGCCUGCCGUACCUGCGGGACAUCGCCCGCCGGGUCAAAGACCAGCUGAAGGAGUCAGGCCAGGAGAGCGUGCCCAUGAUUGUGUUUGCGAAGGACGGCCACUAUGCCCUGGAGGACCUCGCUCAGUCGCACUAUGAAGUCGUUGGCUUGGAUUGGACCAUCGACCCGCGGUCCGCACGGGAGAGAACGGGAGGGAAGGUGGCCCUGCAGGGAAACAUGGACCCCUGCGCUCUCUACGCACCCAAGGAGCGGAUAGCGGAGAUCGUUAAGAAGAUGCUGGACGGCUUCGGCCCCAGGGGGUAUAUCGCCAAUCUGGGGCACGGGCUGUACCCGGACAUGGACCCGGAGCACGUGGGGGCCUUCGUGGAGGCGGUCCACGCCCACUCCCGACAGCUUCUAAAAUAACAGACCCUCCCCCCCUCCCCCUCCCAUCCCAUCCCAUCCCAUCCACCGGAGGCGGGGGACACACCGGGCCUCACGAGGAGGGGCCGGGCCGAGGCGCUGACUGCACUGUUCACUCUGGACCGCUGAUCGCUGUGUUAUUAGCCAGGCUAAUGCUAGGCGCGAAGGCGCCAUUUAUGUUAUUUCAGUGCAGGCACAACGCUGGCCCGCCCAUCCUCUCUGAGGUCGCCUGUGGGUAGCUGGAAACAACUUUUCCAACUGCCAUUUCUUUUCUGUGUCAGUUCCUCUGCGGAGGAAGUAGGGCCUCUACUUUGACCUUUUAUUAUUUUUUUCCCCCAUGAUAUAGUCAUUUCGUUUAUUAUGUUUGUGCCAGCAGAAGAAAUGUUUUAGGAGAAGGUCUCUGGAUGGUGGUUUGAGUGUACCGAGUGAAGAGUCAUGUUAAUUUGUUACAUUUUAGCAUAGCUAUCGUGAAGAGGAAGAAGUACAAGAGUGUACUUCGUGAAAAUUCAGACAAAUAAAAAAAAUUAUUUUGGA